AUGGAGCUGCGUUUAUUUGUGCUGAUUGUUCUGACGGGAUUAUUUCAGGGACAAUUUCAAAGUAACGGACAAGUCGUGCCGGGACUUCGUGUAGGACUCGUGCCAGUGCUAGAAAAUGGCCAGAUUCGAGCAGUGCAAUAUCUGGAGAUAGCAAGUACUGUCACGCCAGAGUCGGUGAAGGAACAAUUCAGCAGAAGACAUAUGACUCUGGCAAAACCAUUAAAGAUUGGUGCUAGUGCCCAAACCAAUUUGCCCUGA